UAUAAAGUAAAAAUAAUACUCCCAUUCACAUUUGUAUUGUCACUCCACCCAGCCCCCACCCCCAGGGUCUCGUUAGUCUUCCCUCCGUUUCCGCUCUCGCAAAGUCGCAAUCUCACUGUGUCUGUGUAACCUUCUUCAACAGAAACUAUCCCUCAUCCCUUAAUUAAUUCUCCACAAUUCACUCUUUUCUCCUUGUUUAUCUUUCAAAUUACUCUCCCUUUGUUUAUUCAUGACUAUGGCUUCAUGUUUUCACAGAUCUCUUGCUAUCUUCAUAAUCAUAGCCGCCAUAAGCGUAACCAGGUUAUCAUGCUUCGGAGAAGGGAAAAAGGAGAAAACAUUAGCUAUUAUAAAACCAGAUGGGGUUUAUAAUAACUACAGUGAUAAAAUUAAAAAUAAAAUUAUUGAUUCUGGAUUCAGCAUUAUGAAGGAGAUGAAGAUUCACCUUGAUGAGGAUAGAGUGAGGAGCUUCUAUGCUGAGCAUUCUUCUAAAAGCUUUUUCAGUAGUCUUGUCAAUUACAUGACAAGUGGUCCUGUUGUGAUUAUGAUUCUGGAAAAGAACAAUGCUGUUGCUGAUUGGCGCAAGUUGAUUGGACCCACUGAUGCAGAGAAGGCCAAAGCCACUCAUCCUCAGAGCAUCAGAGCAAUGUGUGGCUCCAGCAAUGAAAGAAAUUGUGUCCAUGGCUCUGAUUCUAUCCAAUCUGCUUCAAGGGAGAUAUCAUAUUUCUUUGAUUUACAGGAAACAAUGCAUGAUGAAUUGUGAAGGUACACUCACAAAACACAACCAUUAUCAACUUAUUUGUUAUAUUGUAUCCCUCAUGUGUAUUCAUCAAAUCUGAUGAUGUAUUAUUUAAUACUCUGGAAUUAUGUUUAGGUUGAGUUCCCUCUGUUGCUUAGUAAAGGUGUUUAAAAGUGGUCAA